GUCGAGCUCUAUGGUCUGUGUGGUGGGGAAUUUUGACAGCGACAGCGUUGUUUAGGAGACAAACAAGGACGUGUUGAAGGGGACUAUUUUUCUCUCCUCGUUCCUCCCGAUCUCGCACGGACAGUUUCUCAACGCACCUAGAUUUCUGACGAUAUGGCGGCUUCAGAUCGGGCUGUCUACUGUAAGUCUGAUGAGUAAUCCCCCCCCUGGUCCUGUCCUCCAUUGUGGUCGACAUGGCGAGCCACUACCGGCCGCCGUCCCCCCUGGAGGAUUCGGUGCUGGGCAGCCCGGUGUGUGGGGACUUCCUUGGGGGCAUGGAGGAGCUGCAGGACAUCCCCCAGUCCAUCGACGGUGACGCCCUCAGCUCCUUGGACGUCCCCGAGUACCAGUCCCAGUCGAGUAACGGCUCCGAAGGAUCCACCGUUCUAGAUGCUCUGACCCCAGCAUCCAGCCCGUCGUCAGGGGGGUAUGGGGCGGCUGCAGGGCUGGAGGAGUUCUCCUCCACCUCUCUCAACCUGGAGUGUCGGGUGUGUGCCGACCGCGCCUCCGGAUACCACUACGGAGUUCACGCCUGUGAGGGCUGCAAGGGUUUCUUUCGGCGGACCAUCCGCCUGAAGCUGGAAUACGACAAGUGUGAGCGUCGCUGUAAGAUACAGAAGAAGAACCGGAACAAGUGCCAAUAUUGCCGCUUUCAGAAGUGCCUGUCUGUGGGCAUGUCCCACAAUGCGAUCCGUUUUGGUCGGAUGCCCCAGUCUGAGAAGCUGAAGCUGAAGGCAGAGAUCCUGACGGGUGACAGGGAGGUGGAGGACCCCCAGCAGGCUGACCAGAAGACUUUGGCCAGGCACAUUUAUGAGGCCUACCUCAAGAACUUCAACAUGAACAAGGCCAAAGCCCGCACCAUCCUCACUGGCAAGACGAGCACUCCACCCUUCGUCAUCCAUGACAUGGAGACCCUCCAGCUGGCAGAGCAGACCCUGGUGGCUAAGAUGGUGGGCACGGCCGGAGGCCAUCUGCUUGAGAAGGAGGCUGAGGUCCGCAUCUUCCACUGCUGCCAGUGCACCUCCGUAGAGACGGUCACAGAGCUAACCGAGUUCGCCAAGUCUGUCCCCGGCUUCUCCAGCCUGGACCUGAAUGACCAGGUGACUCUGCUGAAGUACGGCGUGUAUGAGGCACUGUUCGCUCUGCUGGCAUCGUGUAUGAACAAGGACGGCCUCCUGGUGGCCUACGGAUCGGGCUUCAUCACGAGGGAGUUCCUCAAGAGUCUGAGGAGGCCCUUCAGCGACAUGAUGGAGCCAAAGUUUCAGUUCGCCAUGAAGUUCAACGGGCUGGAGCUGGAUGACAGUGACCUGGCUCUGUUUGUGGCUGCCAUCAUCUGCUGUGGAGACCGCCCUGGCCUGGUGAACGUGACCCACAUCGAGUGCAUGCAGGAGAACAUUGUUCAGGUGCUGCAGCUCCACCUGCUGGCCAACCACCCAGACGACACCUUCCUCUUCCCCAAUCUGCUGCAGAAACUUGCUGACCUCCGUCAACUGGUCACCGAGCAUGCGCAGUUGGUCCAGGAGAUCAAGAAGACAGAGGACACGUCACUCCACCCCCUGCUGCAGGAGAUCUAUAGGGACAUGUACUGAGAUAUUGAGCCCAGGGAGAAGGGCUGGGGGCUGAGAACACACACCUCACCCUCUAUUUUGGGGACAUGUACUGAGCCUAGAAAGGAGGUGGUCUGCCAUUUUGGGGACACAGGCGUAAACAGUCUAUCUGAACAGUCCCACGGGGAUAGGGUUGAACCACUGAACCCCCAGAUACAGGGUUGCUUGUGUUUCUCAGCAGCGAGAGUAUUGGUGUUUAUGAGGCCCAGGCAUCACAGGACAAGACAGAACUACAGGACACUAUUCUGGGGCACCUGCAGUUGGGUCCACUACUCCUACAUGGACCUAUAGGGCCAUAUUACGUGUGUGGAGGGGCAGUGUGGAGCUGAAUUGAGUCUCCUGUCCUAUCCUAGUGUUGAUCCUAAUGCAGUUCCCAGCUAGAGAACAUGUAUCGGGCUGGAGUACACAGAUCAAAUAAUACAUUUCUGUUUAGGGUAAGUAAGAUUCAGUCAGACUAUAACCGCCAGAAUCCCUGCUUAGGUACACACUUAAAGGGGCCUGCACUGAGCCAUACUCCGGCACUAGAGUGAAGAACAGCAGAACUUACUCUUCAGAACACCACUCCAGCGGUAUGUUUAUAACUAUGCCUUUGUGUACCGAACGUGAGAGCGAGAGGAAAGAAUGAUAGUGAUGCCCACCUACUUUGCAGUAAAGACACCCAAGUGACUUCAAUGCCGACUACAGAUUUUGGAUGUGAGUGACUGUGUCUCACAGCAAGGCAGCUUUUUCAGUGAUUGGCUGUGCUCCCCCAGUGAAGUACAGAUGUAGGUUCUUUAUUUGAGAUGGUUUUGCUACAGCAGGAUAAUACUUCUGCAGCAACAGGAAAUGUGAAUUAUAAUUCAUGGACAUUUUCUGUUGGGUUUGAUACCUUUUCCGUUAGUGCCAAUCAAGUCUGAAAUGUAAAAGGAGAAAUUGCAAACGCUAGAAACCUUUUACCCUACACGUUUGCAUUUCCUGCUGUGCAGGAAAAAUUCUCAGCGACUAAAAGAGUGAUUUAAGAUCCUACAUCUGUCAUGGGAUUGCAUGGUCAGUUUCCUAAUGCACCAUACUGUACCAGACUAUUGUCCCUCAGAUGCGGCUGUAGCGGCUCAAAAUCCAACUCACAGGACAAGUAAAUGUAACAGAUUGUUUCAUUCAUUUUGGGAAAGCUCUCCUGUGCCUUAUCAAAUUCUUUCACCUGCUUAGGCGAUAACAAAUCAUGUAUUAUCAAUGGGAUUCCUCUGAAAAAAAAACUCUAACUAUAAUUUAGCCAUUGAUUUAACAUGGUCACGUUCACUUAUGUUAUCAUGGAUGAGGCUAAAGAGUUUCAGUAAUUGCUCCCUCUAUAUCUCUCUGAAUAUUCUGUCCUUUGCUAUUUUGGACAGACAGACACACUCUUGGCCUCAACAGGCCUCCGUUGUUCCAACAUCAGUUUACUCUUCAGUCAUUCUACAGAGAAUUAUUCCCCAUGUGCUGUAUAGGCAUGGUUUUCACGUCCCUUACCAUCCGUCUCAUUUUCCUCUCCUAUCUAGACCAAACUCUAACAGGGAGGCUUUGGUGCGCAUUAUAUUCAUUUCAUAAAACCAAUGUGAAACUAAAUGAACUUUAACUGAUUUUUUUCAGUACUUUCACAAACAAAGGCAAACAAACUACCAUGUCAAUAGUGUUUCCCCCACCCUUCAGAACAUGGCUCUAUCAGGACAUUUUGUUUGGAAGUAGUUUGAUUUUCUUCAUAACAGACAUUCAGAAAAGACCACUGUCAGAGAUUCACUAUGUAAAUGCACCCACAAUGCAACACUAAAGCACAAGUAUGCUUCCGAGAUGUGAUAUGAGUCUAUGUGGUAUACUGUACCUCCGUAAUUAUGCCUUUUUGAGAAAAAAACCCACAUUUGGCACUCCAUCUUGUUUUGCGUUCUGGUAUUAAAGGUCUAAUCCGACGUUAAACUACAUUAAAACCUUAACACAUGCAGAUUGAGAGCAGGUUUACCACAUUUUAAGCAAUUUUAAGCAAUACCAGAAAGCCUGUUAUUUUACUCUCUCACUCAUAUUAUCACCCCCAUUAUACAUAUCUGACUUACUCUCUUACUCAAUCAUCUCUCUCUCUCUCUCUCUCUCUCUCUCUCUCUCUCUCUCUCUCUCUCUCUCUCUCUCUAGCUCUCUCUCUCUCUCUAGCUCUCUCUCUCUCUCUCUUACUCUCUCUUCUCUCCCUUUCUUGCACUCUCUCUGUCACAGUGCCUCGUUUGGCUUGGUCCUCUUUCUUGCCCCAUAGAUUAAGGGCACGAUUCAAUCUGUAGCGUGGAAGAUCUGCGUUGCAGCUCAAAUGACAUUUAAAGUUCAUUUCCGAUAGAGCCGACAAAUGCAGCGUUUAGUGUGAAUGCAAUCUCUGCAAACGCGGUAACAUUGCCUUUAAAUGUUAGAUCUUCCGAGCCCUUAGGUUCAGGGAAUUAUGCUACACAACGAUAAUGCUUUAUUUUGGAUUGAUGACAGAUGACCAUUGUUGCGCUCUCUUUUUCUUACAAAAUAGAAUAGCAAACAUUUCAACUCUGACUGGUAUAAUAUGGAAUGUCAACUAACCCAGCUCUCUCCGUGAUUUGAAAUAUUAAUGGAUGACAACUUACACCUGAAUGUUAGAAUCUAGUAGAGAUGACACACUAAAACUGCUUCAUCAAACCAGCCAUCGAUCCCUCACAGAGCUAAUGGGAAUGCUGCAAAAGCAUAAUGAAAUAAUCAUUCACGUGUGCAUGUUUGUCUGACGGAAGUACAUUCUUAAGUGCAUUUUCUGUGAGGGAAUGUGUUUUGUUCUUUGCUUACCGUACCAAAUUCUCAUCGGAAUCCAUAAAUCAAUGAUUUGGUUUCAUGUAAUGGACUCGCUGCACCACAUUGUAUAAAUGCUUUGUACAUAGAUUCAGUGAUUAUGUGAUUGCUUGCCCCAACUAUAACUGGAGGUUUACAAGAUAUGAACUAAUAUUGGAUAUGUUUUGUAUUCCUCUUUGUCUGGUAAAUACUUUUCAAUGUUGUACAGAAAUGCAGGUAUGUUUUUUGCUUAAAAGCCAAAUCCACACCAAAAAAUAUUUUGGUAUUUAUUUCAUUAGUCCACUGUUAAUACAGUCCCAAAAUGUAUUGCAUGUCAGCAGUCAAGUUUUUAAAAUAUAGGAUUUUCAGGAAGCAAAGUGUUUCGCAUCAUAUGAUGCAUUUUGUAUCAUUAUGAUGAUGUGGCAAGUGACACUUUGCUUCUUGGAAGUCCAAUAUCUUGGAAAUUUGACUGCCGACAUGGACUAAUGAAAAAAAGACCACAAUAUCGAUUUGGGGGGAUUUUUUAUUUUAAGCCCUACCUAAUUUGACCAUGUUAUAAUUGAGUUGGAUCUUAUUUUUAUACUAAAGCUAAAGCAUAUCUAUGAGUAGAUCGGAAAUUGUUCUGUUGAAGAGUGCAAUGUAAAUAGAGUAACUAAGUAACUGGUGAUAUAACCACAGAUUUGAUUCCCAAUGGGGACAUUCCUUUUGUUAAUUCCCACACUAUAGAGGGAGAGUUAACAUAUUAUGUACAGUGUGUGCUGUGCUUAGCUUUAGGGAUACUAAAAGCACUCAUAGCUAAUAUCAAGACUUGACCGCAAAACCUGCUAUGGGUUAUUGGCACUACUUUUUCACUAGACAACGUGAUCUGGAUAUAAUCUUUGUCUUGAACAGACAGAAGUAAAUAAUUAGCGUUAAGACUGGUAAUAAUACAGUACUUACAAGUCUCCUUCUACGUUGUCAUCUCAGGUUGAAGAUUAAAUAGUAGAGGAGAUGUUUAGGGCGUAGUUUCACGAUUCACAACAUAAAUGCUCCAUAAUUGCCUCUCCGUGUACUUCAAGCUAAGCGGUUUUGUCAUUUUUGUGGCCCUAUUAUAUCCCUUCUCUGUAUUGAUAAAUAUAUACGACAUUAUGCACUCAGAACUUGUCCACUUAGACACAAUGCACAGCGAUUUCAUAACAGUCAAAUGCAGUUGAAGAAAAAUGCAGCAAUAAGAUGCAGUAUAUUGUUUAUUAACACGCUCCCAUUGUAUCAAGCUUUUUGCCCGCUUCCUUUCUCCUCCUCGCUCACUGCUAUGUUCUAACUUAACCAUAAUCAUGCCAUAUGUUAGAGGACUGAAUUUCAAGCUGCCUGUAGUGGUAGUUCUAUUGUAUGUAUUCCUCGGGAAUGUCAGGCCUCCAUAGAAUGCAACAAUGCUUUAAUCCACUGCCACCUGGAUCUAGAUUCUAGAAUCACCAGGUGAACUGAACACAUUAGGGAUUAAACACAACCCGUGCCUUAACCCAUGCCAUACAACAUUAGACACAAUACAGUAUAGCCCUAAAGAUGCACACAGGUCUGUGUCACCAAGGUGCUGGUAUGGAUGUGACACUACACACUACAGAGAUACACAAAGAGAGGAUAUGACAUAGUGACAGAAUUAGGAAAGGUAUCAGAAUUGUGAUAGGCAGACGGAUUAUUGUUGAAUCUGUGGAACACAAUGACUGUUUGGAAUCACGAUCUUCCAAAUGAGAGAGAUCUCUGUCUUGCAAUAGUGACAAUACAAACAAGGUAAUAUAAUGGUUCAAAUGCUAGAGAUUUCUGCUACCCUUAGUGACGUAUAUUAUUUUGUGUUGAAUUGUCAAGCAACUUUUGACAAGUAUCAGGGAAAAUGUUGUCUUCCUUAGGUUGUCGUAGUUUAGGACAUAGCGGGGGACUCUUCUUCUUGUUGAGUUUAUAGGGCACUGCCAUAGAGCACACAAAUAAUAAUAGCAAUAAUAAUAACAAAUAAAUAAAACUACAUAGAAAUGACGAGGGCAUCAGAUAUAGGAAAUACGAUUUUGAUUCUGUAUUCAUUUACUAAAUGUCAUGGAGUUGAUGCAGUGUUUUUAUGGCUAGUGCCAUGCACAGAUACCGGAGAUGAUCUUUAGAGGUUUAUGUGUACUGUGGCUUUGUAUCAAUACUGUAAAUGUUUGACAAAUGUACUGUAUAUCUUAGUCAUUUAAACAAUAAACAAGUUGACUUUGAAUGGACUUUAAAAUAAAAUGAUUUUAAAAUCCAA